UUGUAUGAAACGUUUCCUCAGUUCUUCCUUUGAAUUUCGACUUCGAUUUUUGUGAAAAUACGUGGAACUGAAAUUAAUUACCGAAGGUCAUCUCGGCUAACGAUUCUUUACGACUCUGCGGCUGCUCGACAUUUUAAAACGCUGCAAUUCCAUUUUUCAAACCAGUUCUGAGAGAAUUCAUAUCCUCAUUAACUUCGAACUAAGAUGCCACCCACCAAAAAACUCGUACUUGAUUUACCAUUCGAUUUUAAUCCGGACAAGAUUCUUGAAACAGCUACACCAGAUCAGUGCGCUAUCGUACUAAUUACCGGUUGUGAAGCUCUUCACGCCCUUUUAAAUAAGACAACUAAGCUUACCAACGAGCAAGCUUACGAAAAGGCCAAAACGGACGAGGCUGAGAAAUGGGCUCGAGAAAAAUGUAGAUUGGAAGAAGACGCAAAGCGAGUGAUAGAAAAACUGCAGGACACGAACGCUGAUAAAGUCAAGAAAUUGGAAGACGAGUUGAGUGUCCUUCAAAACAAAAUUCACAGUCUCCAGAGCUCCAUUGAAUGCAAAGACAUCCUUCUAACCAAUGCUACAACGCAGCUCAAUGAGCUAAGCGCAUCAGAAAUUAAGAAAAUUAACGACGCUAGAAACCAAACACGUUCUGAGCUGUCUGAUGAGCUAAAUAGAUUCAAGGAUGAUCUAAAAACAGCGAAUGAUAAACUUGAAAAGGCCAAAGAUGAUCUUCUUAAAGCUGAGAGGGAAUACAGUGUCAAUCUCAAGCAAAUGGGAGAAGAUAAGCUCAUCGCCAUUCAAGAAGCAGUUGCAAAAGCGCAUAAAGAACUAGGUGACAAAAACAAUUCCUUGCAAUCGCAAUUGCUCUCGUUAACUGGAAGACAAGCUGGUUCAGCUACGAAAGGAAAAGACAAUGAAUGUGCCUUUGCUACACUGCUUGACAAAGCUUAUGGCCCGAACAAAUCCUACAAAAGACUGGAUAAGAUAGGUAACAUGUCUGGUGAUCACAUCGUAGAAUGGGAAGGAAUGAAAAUAAUGAUUGAAAAUAAGAAACAUGCAAAACGCAUAGUAUCAGGUGAAGUGGUAAAAGCAAUUAGGGAUUUCGAAUCAAACAAAGACUGCAAUGUACUAAUGUUCGUCAGCGAGGAUAGUACUAUUAUUGGGCAUGAAAGACCCGGUGAUUUGGAUGUUACCCACACCGCGGACGGGCGGACGGCUAUUUGGAUGGGCAACUUCAGUUUCAACGAAGAUAAGGUCACCUAUCUCCAAAUGAUCGGUCAGUUUAUCUUAGAACUGGGAGUACUACAAACCAACGUGAAGCAACUAGAAAGUGCCGAAGCUAUUGAAAAUUACAAAUUCAAGGUCGAUAAUCUUGUACACCACUUUCGUAGAACCAAAGCUGAUUUAGAUAACCUACUCAAAUUACAAAGGCAAUGCCAAAGCGAGCAUAAUAAGACGUGGGGAAAGCUAAAAGAAGAGAUGGUUUCAGUACUUAAGCGUUUCGAUGAACGCCAAGCAGAUGCGAUUGAGAUUGAAAGCAAUAACAAUAAUACAGACGGUGCUAACGCAGACGUAACUGUAGCCAAAAAUACAUCAAGAAACGCGAAGAGGAAGCGAACGGUAAAAAAACAAGGGGAUACGUUGCCGAAGUAUUUUAAACCAAAAAAUCCUACAGGUUUAGUGGGACAAGGCCAGUCAACAGACGGUGCAAUGGGCAAUUCCAGCGGAACAACUACAGAUUUGGUAUACAUCAACUAACACCCAAAUUGAUUCCGUGCUAAACAGAAGUUUCUUCUGGCCAAGACAUGUUGAACAUCUCUUUUUCAAAAAAAUUUCAAACAAACUGUCCCUAACU